CGAGAGCGAGCGGGGAGCGAGAAGAUGCGCGAGGGCCGCCGAGGAGGGAGGGAGGGCCGGAGCGCGGAGCGCAGCCCGGAAGCUAGGUGAGCUCGGGACCCGCUUCGCGGGGCCGGGAUCGGAGCCCGCCCCGCCGCCCCCGCCGCCGCCGGGUGCUGAGCGACUCGCCUCGCUCCCUGAUGGGAUUCCGCUGCGCGCCGUCCCGAGCCUGCAGCGCCCCGCUCCUCGGCCCUCGCCCAGGUUCACCGCAGCCCUUCAGAGGUCCCCAGGAGCAGCCGCUGGCGAGCCCGCUACUGCAGGGACCUAUGGAGCCAUUCCGUAGUGCCAUCCAGAGCCACGCGCUGCCGCAGCUCCUCUGAGCCUUUCCCGCAAGCCUGUUCAAGAUUGGCUGUCAAGAAUCAUGGACUGUUAUUAUAUGCCUUGUUUUCUGUCAAGACACCAUGAUUCCUGGUAACCGAAUGCUGAUGGUCGUUUUAUUAUGCCAAGUCCUGCUAGGAGGCGCGAGCCAUGCUAGUUUGAUACCUGAGACGGGGAAGAAAAAAGUCGCCGAGAUUCAGGGCCACGCGGGAGGACGCCGCUCAGGGCAGAGCCAUGAGCUCCUGCGGGACUUCGAGGCUACGCUUCUGCAGAUGUUCGGGCUGCGCCGCCGCCCGCAGCCAAGCAAGAGCGCCGUCAUCCCGGAUUACAUGCGGGAUCUGUACCGGCUCCAGUCUGGAGAGGAGGAGGAGGAAGAGCAGAUCCGCAGCAUCGGUCUGGAGUACCCUGAGCGACCCGCCAGUCGGGCCAACACCGUGAGGAGCUUCCACCACGAAGAACAUCUGGAGGACAUCCCAGGGGCCAGUGAAAACUCCGCUUUUCGCUUCUUCUUUAACCUCAGCAGCAUCCCGGAGAACGAGGUGAUCUCUUCAGCGGAGCUCAGGCUCUUCCGGGAGCAGGUGGACCAGGGCCCUGACUGGGAGCGGGGCUUCCACCGGAUAAACAUUUACGAGGUUAUGAAGCCCCCUGCAGAAGUGGCACCUGGGCACCUCAUCACACGACUACUGGACACAAGACUGGUCCACCACAAUGUGACACGGUGGGAAACUUUUGAUGUGAGCCCCGCAGUCCUUCGCUGGACCCGGGAGAAGCAGCCCAACUAUGGGCUGGCCAUUGAGGUGACUCACCUCCACCAGACACGGACCCACCAGGGCCAGCAUGUCAGGAUUAGCCGAUCGUUACCUCAAGGGAAUGGAGAUUGGGCCCAGCUCCGGCCCCUCUUGGUCACCUUUGGCCAUGAUGGCCGGGGACAUGCCUUGACCAGACGCCGGAGGUCCAAGCGUAGCCCCAAGCAUCACCCACAGAGAGCCCGGAAGAAGAAUAAGAACUGCAGGCGUCACUCGCUCUAUGUGGACUUCAGUGAUGUGGGCUGGAAUGACUGGAUUGUGGCCCCCCCAGGCUACCAGGCCUUCUACUGCCACGGGGACUGCCCCUUUCCACUGGCCGACCACCUCAACUCAACCAACCAUGCCAUUGUGCAGACCCUGGUCAACUCUGUCAAUUCCAGUAUUCCCAAAGCUUGUUGUGUUCCCACCGAACUGAGCGCCAUCUCCAUGCUCUACCUGGAUGAGUACGACAAGGUGGUACUGAAAAAUUAUCAGGAGAUGGUAGUAGAGGGAUGUGGGUGCCGCUGAGACCAGGCAGUCCUGGGGACUGCACAUUGUGUGGGCGUGUUCCACACGCACACACGUAGACACAUGUUCUCAUCCACACACCCACACACUACACAGACUGCUUCCUUAUAGCUGGACUUUUAUCUUUAAAAAAAAAAAAACCUAAACAUUCACCUUGACCUUAUUUAUGACUUUACGUGCAAAUGUUUUGACCAUAUUGAUCAUAUAUUUUGACAAAAUAUAUUUAUAACUACGUAUUAAAAGAAAAAUAAAAGGAGUCAUUAUUUUAAA